AUGUCUGCUAAAGAAUUCUACGACUCUGCUCAACAAGGGCAGUAUAACGGUAACCAAAGUCAAGGUCAAGGUCAACAAUACUCCCAAGGUCAACAAUACUCCCAGGGUCAACAAUACUCCCAAAAUCAAGGUCAAGAUCAACGUCAAGAUGGAGAAAGAGGACUUUUAUCUACCGUCGCUGGAGGUGCAUUUGGUGGCUAUGCUGGAAAUAAAUUAGGUGGAAAUCACUCUAAAAUUGGUACAGUCAUUGGAGCUGUUGCUGGUGCCUUAGGUGCUAACAAAAUUGAACAUGCUGUUGAAAAUCAUCAAAAUCAUCACGGAAAUGAAGGUUAUUAUCAAGGUUACUACGAGGGUAGUCAUGGCGAUCAUCACCAUAAUGGACAUCAUGGAGGUGGUGGACAUCAUCACCAUAAUGGACAUCAUGGACGUGGUGGACAUCACGGAGGUCGAAGACAUAACAGAGGUGGUAGACAUAAUGACUGUUGUGAAGGAAGAUGGUAAUUACCGUUGGUAUAUAUUUUUAAUAGGUAAGUAUGUAAGUCUAGAGGAAAGUGAAUUAGUUCAAUUUUAGAGGUCUAUAAAGGUCACUAUAAAAAAGUUAAAUAUAUUUACAAUUU